AUGAAACAAACCCUCAUCAAAUCGAAAAACCAUUUUUGUUCAACUUUUGAUUUAACAAAAUCAAUUCCUCAGAAUAUUAUAGAUAAUGCACUAAUGAGAUUAAUUAAUGUAAAUGAAUUAAGUGAGAAUUCAUAUCAUACACUUUUAGAUAGAAUACGCAACGUCAUUGAAGAAAAUCAUUUGAAUUCUUUGUUAAUACCACCUUCAAAUGAUAUUUUUGCAUUCUUGCACGCUUUACGUGGCUUAUUAAGAUUUUCAUUCGGUGUAGCUGUUAUUACAAUUCCGGCUUAUAUAUAUACAUCAUCCUCUUCGAACUGUGUUCGUUCAUUAGAAAAAUUGAACACGUGUGAUGCGGUUGUCGAAGUUGAAUCAUUUGCAAGUAGAUAUUCAAAUGAUUUUGUAAUGGUUCCCCCUUCCUUUCUUUUUAUUGUUAAAAUUAAUCUGAAAUUUCGGUUAGGAUACCCUGCAACUACUAAUGCAAUUUAUAGUGUCCUCUCUAGUAGGUAG